UUUGGAGCGUGUUGUAAUUCUCGGCAAUGUGGAGGCAAAACCUGGUGAGAGAGCAGAUGCAAAUGAAUGUGAAGGGAGCAGUUCAUCUUUCCUGGGAGCUCAGCCGGGUGCGAGCCAGGACGUAACACCCGGCUCCGCUCAGCUCGUUGUUCGCACAAUCAGAAUCCCGUUUCAAUUCAAGAUAAUUGGCUGGAAUAGGGUUUGCUUUUCCUUUGGAGCUCGUUCUGUAUAACGUGUUCUCUUCAUAAAGGACUCUUCCCCAUCUAAACCCAUCGAGAAGCCUGGCAAUAGAAGGAACUGGCAAUUUCACAGGCAUUUAAAGGUAGUGCAAAGAAACUCGUCCUUCCCCCUGUCACCCCUAUUAGCCGGGAGGAAAGUUUUGCAGCGGAUUUGCAGCGACUCAGCGUGAGCUCUUGGAGAAGGCUGUUCUGCAGUAAGUCCCCACCUUGGAGGGUCUUUUUCCCAAGUGGCCUGCUCGGUGUCCCGGAGGGAGUAAAGGGGCAUAAGGAUUUGGGGAAAGGAGUCUGUGCGCUCACACGCUGAGCUAGGGUUUGGCUUCUCCCGUUGGACAAUCCCAUAGUCGGAAGAGCAGGUCGCUGGGAGAGCUACAGGGCUUUACCUCCGGGUCGCUCCCUCCCUCAGACGUGGGGGCCCAAAUGGCUCAACGGUCUUGAAUCACUUUCCUUGGUUUUGCGGACAUCCAAACUUUGAGUCGCAGGCCGAUACCGACGGGCUGUCCCUGCAUGUGAACGUCUCGUGCCGUGCCCGGGUCACGCUGAAGCUAGCAGAGUGCCAGGAGCAUGAAAAGUGGGAGGGCAGAACUGUAGUCACUUAUUUCGGUGUAUUUAAGGGAGAAUUAGUAAAAACAAUGAGUAAACACCUUUCACUCUAAGAGUGGGGGCUGAGAGAACAUGAGCCAAAGGAGAAAUACCGUAAGGGGUUGCCUACCAAAAUUCUUUACUGCAGGUCGCUGAUGUCAGAGAACAAAGUCGUUCACCUGCGACGCUUAUUUGGUCUGAGCAGUCCUUGGUGCUGCUGGCACUGGCCGUGGGUAAUGGCCCGUUACCGCAGGCGACGGCAGCCCUGAAGCGCGAUGCUCUCCGUUCUCCUCUGCAGUUACAACCCUUUCCCUUCUCGAGAGCACCUCUCCUCCGGAUUUUCUGACGUUGCUUGUUAGGCUGCCCUUCUCCGGGGCAGCGUUCCUCCGCCUGGAGAGGACGUGGCUCUGCGGGUCAGAGUCCACCUUCUCCACAGCCCCCGGCUCCAGACUGCCCGUCUGUAGUCCUGAGAGCCAGAGACGUUGCCAGCGGCUCCCUCGCCGAUGCUAAACGAUUGCAGAGCUUUAGUUCAGCGCCCACGUCGUUAAACGUGGCGUUAAUUGGGUGCCGAGACGGUUUGGCAGGUGUCAGGUAGGGUGUGUGAUCGUUUGCAGGUCGCACCUCCGGGGGUCCUGUUUGGGCCUGGAUUUAUUCCCUUUGACAAGAGACGCGGGGUGCUGCGCUUGGCGGAAGGGGCUUCCGCGUCUGGGCUGCACCGAAUCGUUCAGUGUUCACAAUGUGAAGGUCAAACUGCAGACUUACUAGACUCUCGAAACAAACCUUAUCUGCACCAAACACGCCCGUCAGUUUUAUUGCCAUCAACCAGAUAUAGAAUGAGUUGGUUGUCAGGGAAUGCUUCUAAUUUAAAUGUUAGCAGCUGUUGUUAUUUCAGAGUGGCGAAUUUUAUGAUUUUGCCUAAAAGUCCGCUCUCAGUAAAUUAAAACGUUUUGUAAAAGCUGGAUUAUAUCUGCAACGGCGCUCUCGUGUCGAGGGGGGAAUGCAAGAGAAAGCCUGUGGUGAGUAGUGGGGGUGAAGGAAGACACAGACAAAACUCGUGUUGCCAAGUGCUGUGGGCCGAGCAGAUCUCUUCCUCCCCAGAAGCCAAACCUGCUUUUCCCUGCCGUCAGGCGCAGUCUACGGUAGGCUUUACUAUUGUCAUGACAUUAAGCUGUUCUGCGCAGUAAACAAUGCCUAAGUUAAAUAUAUUUGUGAUUUUUAAUUGUUAGCAUCUGUCUGAAUUACGGAGCUGCUUUAUUUAAUCCAUUACGGGUGUAUCCUCUCCGUUACUGCUAAACAUGGUUUAUUUAUUAAGUCUUAGUAUCGUGUCCAUGAAAUGUCCUGCAAGAGUUCUGUGUCUGUUCAUCCCACAUUUUCUGCGUCACUAAAGCAGUACUAAUCAUCACAAAUGAAGAGGAAUACAGCGUCCUCAGUGCAUUAAAGCAAAUCUAAAAAAAGAAAAAGUUCCCAGAUCAUGGUUUUCAAGGACUGUCCAAACUCUUAUUUAUAACACAGCUUUUGAAUGAAAGAAAAAAAUUUAGGGGUUGAUAUACAGCUCUCGUUGCUGUUACUUAUCAAAACCGUGUCUUCUCUGGGGAACAGGAAUCUUUCAAAUAGCUGCCUGAUGCAAGAGGCACGCUGAAUGGAUUUUUCCUCAUUUAGACUCGGGAAUUUUAGUUGUUGAAUUUCCUCCCUCUGGACAAGGCUCAAACACUGAAACUUCCCGUCUGCUCCAGCUGCUUUCAUCUCUGAAUGGCACAGCAGAGACAGUUUCUUUUUCAAGCCAGAAAUCUCAUUAUUGCACCAGAUGACUUCGGUUUAGGUUUUGCCGUAAUUUGUGCUCCCCCUCCUUCCUGCGGCGCGGUCCCUCGCGGACCCCGGCCUGGGAGGACGGAGGAUGCUCCUGGGGGCACGGCCGGUUUCCCUGCGGGUUGCUCUCUGGGUCUCCUUUGCGUCUUCUGAAGCAGAAACGGCUCAAAAGUGGGAGCAGCUUCGGAGCAGUGUUUUUCUUGAGCAGCUCUCACGACCUUUCCCUGCUGGUGGGAGACCUGUGCUCGGCACCAGCAUCGGAGCUUGGGGAAGGACGGACCGAGACGCAGGCACGGAGCUGAAAAACGCACCCUUGGAGCAUGACAGAAACUUCUGCCUUAGGAGAAAUGUUUAACGUAAUGGCCUCGUAUUCGCAGUAUUUCUCCCAUGCCCUCUUAUGAGGUCUUUACGUACCUCAUAAAUAUGAAUAUAAUUACCUGCAGGGACAAUUUUAUUCAGCCUGGCAAGCUCAGUGCUCCAGUAACGAACGCCCUUUCUUUACAUCUUCGUGGGAGCAGACAGGAAGAAGCAUUUUAAUGCGUAUACCUUCUAAGGCUGUGGUAACGCAGCCUGGGGAGAGAGACUCCAUCGCUACGACGAUUUGGCUCAUCGCUAAGAAAAAGUCCCUGCAGGCAAGACCUGGAAAGGUACCAUGAACCCACCAAGUCCAGUGGCUCAUCUCUGCCUGCUGACUUGGCCUCCCCGAGCAACGGCAACUUUUUUUAAAGUAAGUGCUCUGAUUCUUUGGUAUUCAGAUUUGCUAGGCUACCGACCAAACCACGAUCCGAAUUUUUAUGGUACAGCUCUGAUUUCUUUGGUCCUCAGCAACACUUAGUCUGCAUUACAUAUAUUCAGAACGUGAAUCUUCACCUCAAUUGAAAUUUCAGCAGUUUGACAUUUCUUUUUGACACAAAAAAGCACCAAAAAAAGAAAAUGCUAAAUAACCUCAUGAAAAUGAAAAAUUUUCAAAAAUUUUGUACUCAAGUAGUGUCAAAGUGAGAAAGCCAAAAAUCUUCUACGGAAACAAAGGUUGACUGUGUGCAGUUCAGACGGAUGCGUUUGAAAAGGUACGUUUCUCCCUUGCUUUCUCUGUCUGACUUGGAGGAGCCAGCACAAGCGUUCUGAGAGACGAACGCUGAAGUCUGCUGGAAGCAGCUCAGGAUGUUUGUAAGUGGGUAAUAACCGCAGCAAAACAGCACGCGAUUGCUUAAGCGUUUGAACCUUUGACAGAAUCGAUCAGUUCUGCAAAGCACUGUAGCGUGAGCAUAGCGUGCCUUUGGCACACGGGGCUUUGCACGGCAAUCGGUUUAUGCGUGCGCAUCUAAAUGCUGUUCUGCCAAGUCCUCCUUCGAAUGCGCGGCACAGACGUGAGGGGGGACACUGGCAAACAAGCACCCUGUAACCACGCAGCGAAGGAGCUCGAGGAUGAAGCCCUGCGUGUUUCCGCAGCCUCUGCAACGCCCCUGCGCUUGCCCGCCCCGGAGCCACGCGUGUCAGGGCAUGCGUGUGUAUGUGUACGCACACACGCAGGGGGGCUGUGGGGGUCUGGGGAUGCUGAGGAAGGGCGGAGAGUGGCGUCUCUGGAGACACACAGGACAAACGCGCUCAUGGCAAAAGACAUCCUGUGCUGCCAAACGAAUGCUGGGAUGCCGACCCUGUCAGAAAAGGGAAGGUGACUUUUGCUCCAGGCCCCCACUUUUGCCCGUUCCCCCUCUGCCCGCCCCCGGCGCGGGGGGCCGCUGCGGGAGGGCAGCGCAGAAGGGCUCUCGCCUGUGAGGUUCUGAGCUUGGCGCCUGAGGCCGCUCUGCAAACGAGCGUGUCUGCAAAGCAGAAGGGAUUUCCACCCAUGUCGCUGCUGUUGGCUCCUGCUCUCCCCCCUCCUGGCUCAGUGCCGGAGGGCCGAGCUGUGGCAGGAGUCUCCCUGGCCACCCAGCAGCACCCUGAAACUUCUGUUCUUGUUUUCAGGUUGCGUUUUGCUUGUUAGACUGUCCUCUGUGCCGCAGGAGAGCGAGAAGGGGACGGUGCCAGGCACAAAGCCGGGGGCUCUCGGGAGGCAGAAAUCCUCGGCUGCUCGCUGUCUGCUAAAACUCUGGAAGGGAGAGAAAGAAAGAUGCUGCAAAUUAGUAAAGGUGCUUCACCCCAUGUAGCUGUUGUGCUGGGUACCCCGAGAGGAGGAGGAGGAGGAGAGGGGAGGCAGGGAAGAUCAGGACACAUCCGUUCUCUCUGUAUUUUGCUGCUCUGCUAGAUCUGCACAUGUCAGACUCUCCCACCGUCUGUGCGUGUGCUUGCAGUGCACCUCAGGAGAAACUGGGAAGAGAUACACUAUUGGCUAUUUCACAUGCGGUGUGUCAGCCGGCAGGCUGUAUAUAUCGCAGGGAAAGCAGGGACCGCUCAGCCUCUGAGCAAAGCUGCUUCAGUCUAUAGCUCAGAGAUGCUUUGAGGCUGGAAGGAAACGGGAAAGGCAGCCCUUGCUGGUUUGAUUCUGACCAGCUCUGAAGCACUUGGGAAACAGAGACCUGAUGGAUGAAGGACUGAUGGAAAACCCAUAAAGCAGAUUUCCAAGGAGAAGUUGCGGGAGAGAAGCAGAACGGUGUCCAAAAGGAAAUAUUCACUAGGAUUUCUUCCUAGGUGCAGAGGGAAAGUGUUUGGGGAUCUCUGAUAUUUCAGCAUCCGAAUCGGCUCCUGUAUGUAGGACCUCUGGGACUGAAAAAGGACAGCAGCUGGAGCGUCCCUGGAGCAAAGCUCUCGUGUACCCAGCACAGGAAGAAGGACCCAUUUAUCAACUCUUUGAUGCAGUUUGCAACCACGGGGCACAUUUUUAAAAUGCAAGCGUGCGCGUUCCCUCCGGCAACCGCUGACUUUAGCACCUGAGCUGCCUGGAAGGAGGGCAGAGAGGAUCAUGCAGCCUGGCCGGGCACACGGACAGCGCUGGAGCUUUGCUUCCCGAGCCAUGAGCAGGCACACGUGGUUCCCUUUGCAGUACAUCUCCAAGCCCUUCUGGAGAGCGGAGAAUCGCAACGCGACCAACUUCUUCUCUGCGCUGUACGGCUUCCCUAACCAAUCCUUCUUCCACACUGAUUUGGACCUUGAGGACCUGGGGGACUUUGGCAGCGGGACCAAGUAUGAGGGUGAGUCCCAGAGCCGGACGGUGAAGGCGCUGCUGAUAGUAGCCUACUCCGUGAUCAUCUGCAUCUCUCUCUUCGGCAACAUCCUGGUGUGCCACGUGGUGAUCAAGAACAAAAGGAUGCACUCUGCCACCAGCCUCUUCAUCGUCAACCUGGCCGUUGCCGACGUGAUGAUCACCAUUCUGAACACCCCCUUCACGCUGGUGCGGUUUGUAAGCAGUACCUGGGUUUUUGGAAAGCUGAUGUGUCACAUCAGCCGGUUUGUUCAGUACUGCUCCGUGCAUGUGUCUGUGCUGACCCUUGCUGCCAUCGCUCUGGAUCGGCAUCAGGUUAUCAUGCACCCCCUCAAGCCGCGCAUGUCCAUGGUGAAAGGAGGGAUUUGCAUCAUUAUCAUCUGGGUCAUGGCCAGCUGCUUCUCACUGCCUCAUGCCAUUUAUCAGACUUUGACAAGAUUUUAUAUCGGAAACAGAACGAUACGAAUGGUUUGUCUCCCCAGCUUCCCUCCUCCUGCUGAUCUUUUCUGGAAGUAUUUGGACUUGACUACUUUUGUUCUCUUAUAUGUCCUGCCCUUGCUUGUGAUCUCCAUCACGUAUACCAUGGUGGCCAAGAAGCUCUGGCUGAGAAAUGCCAUCGGGGACCUCACCAUGGAGCAAUACUACGCCCAUCAACGGAAAAAGAAGAUGACGUUGAAGAUGCUGAUGGUGGUGGUGAUCGUGUUUGCAGUAUGCUGGUUCCCGCUGAACUGCUACGUGGUGUUGAUCUCCUGUAGGGCCAUCCACAGUAGCAACGCUCUGUACUUUGCUUUUCACUGGUUUGCCAUGAGCAGCACUUGCUACAACCCCUUCAUUUACUGUUGGCUGAAUGAGAGCUUUAGAUCUGAGUUGAAGUCCUUGCUGUGCGCGUGCCGGCGAAGGAGUGCAGCCCAGGGUCACGCUCUGCAGGACAUCUCCCCCCCUUUCAGGCACGCCUGGGUUGAGAACUGCCAUUAUAAAAGAGGCAACGCCUGCCAGAAGGCCAGGGCAUCCUCCCAGAGGAACUCUGCAAAGACAGACAUAUCCAGCGUUCAGCCAAUUGUGGCAGAAAGCUAAACCCUUCACCCGAUGGCCAGGCAGCGUCGUGUCAUAACUGCAGAAUCACGGGGAAAAAUCAAGUUGGAAAGGACUGCUGGGGACCAUCCAGUCCAACCUUCCGCCCAGAGCGAGCUAACCUCAACGUCCGACUGGGCUGUUCAGGACCUGGUCCCGUCAGGCUUUCAAACACCUCCGGGGAUGGCCUGCCCACACGCCGGCUCCAGAGCGAGGGGUGCCAAGUGAAUUUUUCAUCAGAACGGUCAGCAACAAUGAAGCGAAUUCUUUAACAGCACAGAAAAUCUUUCAUAGCCUAAGAAAAUAGCGGGAACCAACACUGAUUGUACACGCGCCAGCUGAUGCAUGCUGUUUUAAAGCACGUGGCUGUUUAUGCAUAUAGAAACACUGUAUUGAUUCCUUCUUUUUAUUUAUUCGUAAUUUGCUCAAAUUUAUACCCGCGACGGCUCAGCCGCUUACUCUGCUGUCGCAGAAACGCCGCAGCUCUGCCCGUCCCCCUCUCUGCGACCCAGCCCGGCGGACGGCUGCGCGUGCCGCUGGAGGGGGAGACGCCUCAAAAACCACAGCGGGAACACGGCUGGGAAGCAGGACAGCAAAACUCACUCCCUUUUGGCAGGUGUUCUUCUGUCAGUGGCUCGUUUUGUUCUGUAAGGAUUACCAGCGGUCACCGUAAAGCACCGCUUGUACCGCGGUCACGAAAGAAAUGACGCGAGCGAGCUUGUUCUAAAGCGCUGGCUGGCUGAGGAGUCGCCCCUUCCCUAAAGCGGAUACCGCCCGCCAUCUCGCUAAGGACUGAACUCACGCCCGCGCCCCACCGGCCCCUCAAUAAGUAGCAAAGGUUCCGGAGGAAUUUUUCUUUUUGGCACUUUCUACCGUGUUUCUUUUUUGGUGUAUUUCCAUUUUCUACAUAGGAGAUAUUAAAUUGGAAGUCAGAUUUUGGCAGUCAAAAUCAUUUUACUGGAGACACCGGUUUGAGUCUGAUAUCGUGACGGCCGUGUCUGCUGGCCCCAGCAAGUUAAGCUGGUUGACUUCAGGGCAGCUCCCCAGGCGGGGUGACAACGGCCCGUUGGGCACAUUCGGAAGAGGCCGUCAGGGACUGAUGGACUUUGGAGACCGACCCCCCGCUCCGUCCCUCCCCUUCCAAACCAGGGGCGGCCAGUUGGCAGGCCAGGGCUGGGAACUGGGCUGUGACUGGGAGCACUGGGAGCGCAGGCUCGCUGUGGGCAAGCAAACUGGGGGUCUCGCUCCGCGUGUGAGGGAGGGUGGACGGCAGACUCGCAUAAGGGCUGGAGGGUCCACACAAAUAUGCUACGCAAAUACGGCUCGUUACCAAUUCCAUGAAAACCUUCACGGUUAAGCAUAAAAGCCGUAUGCAGGCACUCAGAGGUGAUGAAGUCGGAAUUGCCUUGCCAGGAUGUUUGUACAAGAGGGGGGUUGGCCAGUAGGUACCUGUUCCGCUGAUGUAUGUAGGGCUCCGUUACAGUCUCUGGGCUUUCCAUCAAGAAUGUCUCGCAUCAUUAUAUUUCCUAAGAAAACUGUAUAUUGCUGUGUUUUAAUGUCGUUAAUCGAUGUUUCUUUAGAGUAAAGUCUAAAUUAUUUUCAGUUUCAAUAAUAUUUUAUCUUUUGCCAGCCCUCACGAACUGUGUCCUUUGUGGCGUGCGUGUCUGUCCGUCUGUCCUGGCGUCAACCGGCCGGGCAGCGGCUGAACGGGGCGCCCAGCUUUGCCUGAGGUGGAGCCCGCCUCGUAGCUCUGAGAGUCGGGAACAGAUCUGCAGCUUUUAAAACCAAAAGGCAGGAGACAGGGAAAGUUGGCACAGGAUGAAAGAGUUCAUUUGUAGACCUUUAUACGCUCCCCCGCUCAAUAAAACUGAGCGUCUGCUAACGUGCCACAGCCAUUGCCUCAAAUACUGAUACUUGCGUUCCCGCUGCUCUUGGUGGUGAUCGAGGGCUUUCGGCAGCGUUUAUCCCGUUCUGCGCAGCAGCUCCCCAUCCGUAACGAAAUAGCUGAGAUUCCUCGGCACGUGGGCACGCGUGGGCACGCGGGUGUGCGGUGCCUGGACAGCCGGUGCAGGCAGCUGCCGGGCUGCCGGGUCACGGUGGGAGCCAGCCCCGGCAUUUCGGAGCUGGAUUUGGAUCAGCAGUGAGAAAUAUCAAGUGGGAGCAUGUGGCCAACUUCAGACUAACGGCUGUGAAAACUCACCCAAGUCGCAUUUUUCUCUUCCUCGGAAAGAAUAACCGGUUUCCUUAUUUGUGCCGUUCGGUGCUGGCCCUGCCUUCGUGGUUGUGAAGGAUUUAGCCUUAAAAGGCAGCGAAAGCAAAAUGAAAUCGAGAUACUUGGAUAGGUACGAAAACCUUGACGUGUGACCUGAGAGUGUAUUUGCAUCUAAAAAAAAGCAGCUGUGAAGCUGAGGAAAGGGAAGUGUCGCACAAACCUUGCUUCUUCCUGAGAUAAUUGUGGGAAGGGGAGAGGACAGAAGGACGCCAGCGAGGAGCAGAGACCUCACGUGGCUUGAGAUACUGCAAAUCACCCCGGCGUUUCCGUGCGGCGCUCCACGUAAAUGCUCCCCUCUCACAAGCGGUGAUCGCUCGUCCCCACCACGCGUCUGCGGGAAUUACUCUGCGGAAGGAUGUGCUCAGGGUAGGAACUCGAAUUAGCAAAAUCUCUUCAGAGAACAAGCGCCCAAGACUCGGGUGUCUUCUCUGAUUCACCUACAAGAAAUGUGUUUAACAGACUUGCUCCUGUGGGCUUUAUCGUGUGAGCAUUUACUUUGUUCAGACUAAUAAAGAAGCGUAAGUGGAGGUCUGAAUGGAGCUGGCACAGUGGAGGCAGACAUCCGAGUCUUUCAUUUUAUGUUACAAGUAAAUAACAGCAUAAACCUGAUAUUACUACUAAGUUGGGGGUUUUUACUAUCUGGAAAACUUGGAAUUCAUACCACUGCAACUGGCAUUUCCACAAUGUAACUGUCUGGAGGGUUUCUACAAACAAGAUGUCUCUUGCUAGGAAAACAAACAAACCGCAAACCCAAAUACGACAUUGUUAAGGUGAGUAAGUUAAUGAAACGUUUUCUCAUUCAGAUGUUGGAAAAAUGCAAGGAAAUUAAAUAACGCAGUUUACAGGUAUUUCCCAACGUGCUCCCCGAGAACUGCUAGAACUCAUUACUCUGGGGCAAAUAAACCGGAGUCUGUUCUUGCUACUCAUCUUUUCCACACGACAGCAAGCCGGGUCUGGCUUCCUUCAGCCGUUGCACGGCGAGAUGCACGGUGCACACCAAGGUCAGAUCCACCGUCUGCCUGUGUGCCAGCGGCGGGCGUGCAGAGACGUCCCUCACCCGGCACGGUCUCUCUAAGGGACCGCUUGCUCUCGGAUGGAAAACCGAUGGUGGUUCCCUAACUGCACAUCCCGUGGUGAUCCUUCUGCAAACAGCACUUUCUUCAGUAAGAGUCUGCAGUCUGGCGAUGUUGAGCUGCCUUUAAAAAAUAUCAUUUCCUUGAGGUGAUUGUCAAAAGCUUACGUUUUUGUAAAAGUGUGGCAAACUUUGCCAUCGUUAUGUGCAACCUUCUGCUGGAUGCUCUUGCUUUGAUAUGAGCUCUGUUAAAAUUUCCAUAUGGUUGUAAUACAAGAAUAUUUGAUUCACCAAUGUUUUUGGGGGCUGAUAACAGUCAAAUAAAAUAUCUGGUUUAGGACUAUCUCUCUCCUGCGGGCUUUGUGUAACUUUUUGAAAGGGAGAUGUUCCCUCUUACAAGCGGGUUAACAGGAAGGCAUAGACUGCUGGUCCUGACAGCCUCAAAACCGUGACCAAGACUUCUGUCUGCAUGUGUUUUGGCAUCUUUCAGCAUGAAAAGCCCUUUGUAAAACGCAGAGCUAUGAUUACCCAGAUGAGGAGUCAGCCGUGGACAUGUGCCGACUGUAAAUGUCAUUUCAUUCCCGUGAAUUUCUUGCAGCUCCGUGCAGUAAGUAGCUGGUCUCGGCAGCACUUCUCUUCACCUGAGCUCCUCAAUCCGGCCAGGAGCAUGGACACGUCUAACUUGAAUUUAAUUCUUAUUCUCCAAUAAACGCUUCCAUGAGCGGAAGCACAGCCCGGUUUCUUGUGCAUUUCUCCCAAGUGCUCCUCAGGGAUCUGCAGCCAUCGCACGGGUCCCCUUCCCCUCGCUGGGGACCUGCUCUCUCCCUCGCCUGCCACCAAGCAAACGGGGGAGGAACCGGCACCGCGGAGGCUGCUACGUCUCUGUCAGUUUUUGUGAAAGUGGUUAACGAAGUCAUAUUCGUUUGAGAGGAACUGCUUGGUAACGACACAUGCAGCGUGACUGUGCAAGACCUGGUCUCUUUGAGCAGAGCUGGAAGUCCCAGGCAGGUAGCCUGGUUAUCGAAGCUGCUACAGCCGUUCCCAGCUCCACACCUACUGGAAAAAAGCAAUAUGCCAAGUACAGAGCGCCCUACAUCUAUAUUAAAAUAACCCUUCAGUGUUCAAAGAAUUAAAAUCACGCAACUAUACCAAAAGAAAAGAACAUACUAUUGUCGUCUCUGAAGAGCCAUUUUUAUAUCUCUCCUUUUGAAGGAACUUCACAAGCAGAAUAAUGCACUUGCAGCUGCGAAUCGUUUAACCACCUCUAAUCAGCAUCAUGCUGCUCCAGCAGGGUCAGAAGGCUCCCUUCCUGAGAGGGAUCUGAUGCACGCAAAUACUUUAUGUCACUGAAUGCAGCGAGGGGAAUACAGACACCCAGCGCGGAGGCCACGCAGUACCUCAGCCAAGGUGUUUUGUCCCGCUGUUUGUGCUGGCAGGCGGUGCAGGCAGAAUAAGAACCAGUCCCUUUCUGUAUGACCUUGGGGCAAAACCCUUUUAGAAAGAGCCGAUGCAGCACAAACACAGGAAGGUGCCCAGGAGACACAGGGCAGCACAGCUCGCCCCAGCCCGCCCGGCACGGAGGAUGCCGGACACCGAAGGAGCCGAGCCGGGGAGCGGGCAGAGCGCCCGGGGCAGCGUCCUGCAGCCCGCGCUGCCCACACCUUCAGCCAGGGCCGGGCAGCGAACAGGGAAACCAGCUUUCCCUCCACUCCACUCGCCCCAGGCCAGCACAGCAGGGGAAGAAGCAAAUGUCUUUGGUUUAGGCUGAAAGUAAUGGUUGCCAUCCCGGAUACUGACCUGCGUGCCUGGGCUGUGCCUCAAUAUUUUAUAGCAUCUGACAGAGGUUUAACAGCAUAUGAUGGUGUGAAAUGUGCUGUGAAACCAGAGCAAGACCUCUGUAAAAGGGGUUCCGUGAUU